CUGGAAAUGGGACUGCCGGACGGUCCUGCGCUAGUAGGGAGCUGUGAUCGCGCGUCUAAAAUUUGGAACGUUACAUUUUUAAUUUCAGGGCGCCACAGUUUCCCUAUACGCUUUCUUGAAUGAUAGGUUCUGCUUAUCUAUUAGGCGCCAUCUUACCCAGUUUCACCGACCGCUCUUUUACCUCACAAGCAAGCGCAACAUAUACUCAGAACGCUUUUGUCAACGAUCGCCUAUAAUCAAUGAACGCAACCACAAACGCACAUGUAUGGCGCUAAUUGGAAUAUGCGGGCGAUGCGAGAGACAAAGUUGCCAUUCCGGCUUGUGCUAGCUUGCACCCUCGUGCUUGCUGGGAUCCCCCAAUCAAUUCUGGGAUCUUCACAUUUGGUGUUCGCUGGGCAAUGGUCGUCCCAGCAUACAUACAAGAAGUGCGGAUGCUCUUGUCAGGCCGUCGACAAUCUUGAUUCUGGCCUUUCGAGUUGCAAGCUGCCUACUUUCCUCGGCGGCUCACUAGAUCCGCUGCAGCUAUUCGGUGGCGCUAGUUCAGUGCUGACAGUGCAGCAAGCAUACGAUGGGUAUCAUGCGGAUGAGGUGGUCGGCUCAAUCGUCGCUUUUGGCUUCAAUGGCAGCUUAAUCGUCACAGUGCUAUCGGAGUGUGGUUGGGCUUUGCUUAGCCCUCCUAUUGUCUCCUUCAAUGUCAGCGACAUGGCAAGCUCGGGUGCUGGAGCAGAGACAAUGGCAAAGGAUGGAGCGCUGCUCUACAACUGCGGCUCAGCUCAGCUAGAGCUGCCGGAGGGUGCGGCCGACUGGUUGCGAGCCAGCUCCCCCUCCACCACAUCCACCACCACCUCCUCUUCAACUCCGCAAUGGGGUCUUGGCGACAACGGCGCGUUGCCGUUUGUGGCGGCAGUUCGGAUGCAGAGAGUCGAGUGUGCUAGCAGCAGUAGCAGCAGCGAUGCCAGCGACAGCGACAGCAGUGGCGCGGCCGGGAGUGGCACCGAUGCCGCGGCCUGCGUUGCUUCGGGUCCUGCGGAGGUGCUGACGCAGGAGGUGCAGCUGCGGCCUGCGUACACCAUGAAUGCCAGCCGGAUUCAGGCACUGCAAUCUGUGACCAGCGGUGGCAGCUCGAGCAACGGCGGGAUGCGGUACAGUGCCGUACCGGAAAACUUUGAGCUGGUUACCUCGAUGACUUUGCAGGUGCGGCUCGACGAGGAGGAGCAGCUACUUGUACGGCAGCUCUGGGCGGAGGGCGACGUACUGACGGCACGUGUCGUGUCGUACAACCUUUCACUGUCACGUGUGGGACUGAAGCUGCCGGGCUCGGAGUCGAAAUCGUCGAACAGCACUGCCACGCAAGCUACUGCGUAUCAGCGGUGCUUGGUAGCCGCGAGGGAGCAAUCAGCUGCGCUGGCAACAGCGCUUUCCGUGCCGAGCGCGAAUGUUUCCGUGGUAUGCGAUGGUGAGACGAUGGCGUCGUCUGGUUUGGAGAGAAACGGCAAUGCGACGAUCGGCAGCAGCAAUAACGGCAGCAGUAGCAUUGAAGGGUUUUGCGGCAUCACGGAGGAUGUGGCGGUGGUUUCGGUGUCAGUCUUGAUAGACCCUGACGCUGACCCACGGGUCACUUUGGCCGCUGUGCAACAGCUGCUGUCGCCGCAGUCCGAAGGGGCGGCGCCGCCGACUGCUGCCGCCCGCUCUUCGCCCAUCUUGACAACGUUUCCGAGCAUCACAGAAGCAGAGAAUGCUCUGACGCUGUUCCUUUGCAUCGGCAGCGGCAAAAACAGCACUGGCGAUGCGGUAGGGUCCUCAGCAGGCAGCAGUGCGGCUAUCAUGAGUGUUAUUGCUCUGACUCUGCGGGUGGACGUGCUGGGCGGAAACUGGGAGGUCGAUUCAUCCGGUACGCUACGGCUCUUGCUGCCUUCUUCGGCUGCUGGCGGCAGUAGCAGCAGCGGUAGCAGCAGCAGCAGCGGUACCAGCAGUGGCAGCAGCAUCGCUAGCUCUGGUUCUGGUUCAAGUUCUACGUAUCAGCAACUGCCGUCCGCCUCCUCAGUCGUUGCUACUGCUAGCAGCAGCGGCAGCACUAGCAGCGGCAUGGGAAUUACCUUGACCAUGCAGCCCCUGGCGACGUCGUCGCUGCUAACCGUCAAGAACCAACCGCCGCCGCCGUCGCCGUCGCCACCGCCGGGUGUUUACGUUGUGGUUACGGCACCUGAUUCCGGCCGGGGCUCGGGGCUGAGCUCCUCGGUGCUGAUUGCUGUGUCCGCGGCCGUGUCUUCAAUCACAACUCUGUUGCUGGUGGUUAUCGUCGCGGCGGCUGUUCGCUGCAUGCAGGCGCAUCGCUCGGGGCCCGAGGUUCACAGAUCGCUUCGCCAGCACUCGUACUUCAAUCAGCUAGUUGGAGCCCUGCCCUCCGUCCUCGCAGCCAUGUCCCGAACCGCACCUCUGGCAUCAGCAGCUACCCCCGCUGCCCACGCCGCCCCUUCCAAAACCGCCGUCUCACCGCCCUCGCCGUCGUCCACCCUUGCAACCGACUCUGCGAUCCUACAAGCCACCAGCUCCUUCCCCUCGCCUUCGCCCGCGGGCAUCAGUGCUACCGCCCGGCAGCCGCAGCCACAGCAGCAGCCGCAGCAGCCGCAACCACAGCCACAGCAGCAGCCGCAACCACAGCCUGCAUCCCGGUCGGCAGACGGAUCUUCAGCAGGAGCCUCCCCCACCCGGUCAACACCUCCGCUACCGCCGCCAUAUGAGACGGCAACAGCAGUAGCAGCAGCCACAGCAGCAGUGGCGGCAGCGGCACCCGCCUCGCAGGGCCGCCACCCACCGGCGUCAUCAGCGGUCGCAACAGCCCCGGCAGCAGCAGCGGUGGCGCUACCGCCGGUGCCACCCCAGCCGCCCAGCUUGCCUGCUGUGCUGCCGGCAGGUCUGCCUCAGGAGCAGACGCAGCAGCCCACAGGGCAGGAGUCGGCGCUGCUACCGCCGCCGUCGCUUCACACCUCACCGGACUCGUCCCAGCUGCUGUCGCCGCUGCCCCAAUCUCAGCCGGUGCCAUUGCUGCCGGUCGAAGAGGGACGGGAGCAGGACCCGCAGAUGGACAGCCAGGAAGGAGAGGUGGCGGCAGCGGCGGCAGCAGCAGGAAUGGCAGCAGCAAGGACUGUGCAGCCCUUGGCUUCUGAUCUUGGACUGCCGGCGGGCCGCGACAGGAUUAGUUUGGAGCUGUCAGCCAUGCCUCCGCCGGCGGGGCGACCCACGGGCGUUGCUCAGCAGGCUAAUCGGCUGGCCUCCACGCUACAGAGGCUGCUCACGAGCGGGAGGAGGGAUAACAGGACGCGACCGGAAGAUUUCUAUGUGUGGAGCACUGGGUUUCCGACUGAGGAGCCGUCGCUUCAAACAGGCAACUUGGACGAGCAUCCCCAUGAUCCGCCCCUGCCGAGCACCUACAUUGAAUUAGAGCCGGAACCGGAGGAUCGGAGCGUUGUUGUCGGAAGGGGAUCGGGAUCCGGAUCGGGAUCCGGAUCUGGAUCAGGCAGGGGUUCCGAACAGAUGCAUCAGCAGCAACAGCAGCAGACACAGCAGACGCAUCGUGAGCAGUGGUGGCCUCGGCACCCCCGGCAGCUGCAACCCCGCCAGCAGCAGCAGCAGCAGCAGCAGCAAGCGCAUCUGCAGCGACUUGAAGAAAGCGCUGACGGGUAGGCUCAGAGGAAAUCGAUGAGUGGUGUCGGUGGUGUAAGAGGUUGGCGAAUAUUGGAACAUGCCGUAAACUGUUCGUGCAGCUUUGCACUUUCCCUCUCGGCGUGAUGUUGAUUGGCGCAGUGCGGGUGUUGUGUGAUUAGCGGUGCUUCUUUUACUUCAUUUGCAUGAGUUUGUGUUUUUGCUGCCACUGCUGCGAACAGCCUGUCCUUGCUGGUUUGUUCCGUGCAAUUUAUUGGUAAGGCCAUUGCAUUUAUCCAGUUCUCUGGUAGAUGAUUUGCGACCCUUUGCGACCUAUUCUCGCACCACACGGACUAACUCCAAGGACGGACUUUAGGACGGUCGAGGAGUAGGGCACGGGGUGACGCCCUGUCAGCAAACCUUAUUAGUUACGCCGGAGGCUGCGCUAGGAAAGGUGCCUAGUGCAUGCCGUUUUACUGUUACACAGCCGUUACGGUUAGACGGGACGGUUUAAAUUUCUCGCGACGAUUGACCUUCCGCCCUCAACUACCCUGUACGCAAGCGUCGGAACUUGCACGGGAAACCCGGGUACGGUUCAGGAGCGUGAUCUAUUGGGCUGUGCUGCUAGGCUUGUCGACCGGCUACCUUGGCAACGGGCACUGCAUUGAGGCAGCAAACUGCCCCUCGCGCGCUGGUGAUUUAUCAGUGCAUGUGGGAUAGGGUGUGCGCCGUACAGUGCUUGAGUCUAGAAAGGGGCGACGCGUGCCUUCCGCUUGGGAGUAAUGGGCGGUAGGGAGAGAAGGAACAGCUCCUUUGCGUGAAAAUGAGUUGCUGUUGUGGACAGUACCGCUGUGGCGACGCUGGAAGUGAUGGCGGCAAAUUGACUGCGUCCAGCAAAACAUGGAGAGGGGUCUGAUGUGGAAGGACGCCUCAUCCCUUUGCGUUGCGGGGCUGCUUGGAGGCACAGCAGGAUGCACGGCGCGAUCCCGUGGAGCUGCAGGUUGGAUCCGGACGUUGGAGGUUGGGGGACUUUGAAGGCAAUGGUUGUGGGUCGGGAGAGGGUCAACUGGGUCGGUGCUCAGUAGGAUUAGUCGGUUGGUUCGUUGGUCGGCUUGAUGCUUUGGGUACGCAGCGUAUCACGGUGUGUUUCACAGGUUGUGAGGCAAAGGACGUGUCAGGUUGCUUGUUACUGGCCUGCCUCGUGUGUCUGUGGCUGCAAGGAGGUUCCAAGGUGCAGGGAGGGGUGGUUAGGUAGCAGGGGCUGCUUGCACGCAUGCUGUUGUUUGUGAUUACAUGUGCCCCGCUGGACCCCCCGGCCAAUGCCGGGUUUUCGUGCAGGAUGGUCCCUUAGCUGAAGGAAUCAGGCGGGCUGGUUGGUUGCAAUUGGCUUUCUGAAAAAUAGAGAAAAAAGGAAAAGAAGAUGGCAUCCGCCAACUGGCAUUUGACACGCUGCUGUGUUUUGCUGCCGUACUCUGUGGUAUGACUCUGCACAUUGUUGUCGAUUGCAUUCGUGCUAUUUAUGUGUGCAAUCAACACGUCGCUUGUGCAUGUGAAAACGUUUUGAGUCGUGCGUGUGAAGCAUUGCGUGUGUGAUCACGUACAAUGGAGGAUGGAAGGCUGGGACAUUCAAAGACAAGGAAGGGAGCAUUCAUGUAUGCGUGCGUGUGUUAUCUCCCAUAUGCUUGGGCGUUUGUUUCGUUGAAUUGGGUCUUCAUGCCCUGCGUUCCUCGCACCUAGGUGACUACGUGCCGUUCGUGCUUGCUCUACAAGUACGGAAAGCUGCGUGUUUUGGGGGGCGAGAAGAAGUUACACGUUGGGGCAGUUGUUGUCGACCCUCCGUUCGUUGAUGUUUAUGCGUCCUCGUCCGUUCCCUUGUUUACGUAGGCUUUGGUGUUUGCAGUUCAUUCGUUGCUGUCGAGCUAAUGCCCUAUGUGGCACGUAUGCUGGAUGAGUAAAGAUGCAGAUUGAAGAGGCAGGAGUGUUUGGGUGAUGCGGCAGUAAGAGCUGGCGCGCGCAGAAAGGUUUGGAAAUAUUCCCGGAUUCUCCUUUCACGAAGAACCCGUGCAUGUGCAGGGUUUUAGAUUCUACGUCGUUCAGGUUCGGCAGGUCUGUAGGUAGUAAAGGAGGCUGUCUUGACAAGGCGAUGGCAACAUGCAGUGUGCUGGUUUUGUGAGUAUCCUGGACAGGCAACUUGCUGUAUGUGGGCUUCCGUAAUAAUGUGAGCACUUUCCAAUCUCCCAAGGACAAGCUACAACUUCGUCGCCGCAUAGGUUCUUGGAAACCGGAGGUGCACGGGUGUGUUGUCGUACAUUUGUAGCGUGGAAAGGCUUGCAUGGAAAAGGAAAGGCCUUGGUGUGUGAUUCGAGGGUAGGGUGGCAGGAUGGACGGUGGAAGAGAGCUGAUGGUGGGCUUGGUUACUCCGGAAAGGGGUGUUUCUUUCCUGAGUUGCAUGUUUCGCAUUAGCGGGCAAGGCAUGGCACGUUGUCGCAGCUUGUGCUGUGCUGGUUGAUAAGCAGCAGCAAAAGCCGUAUGCUGAUAACACACCUGCGAGGGCCCUCGUGCAUACCGCCCGUAGUAAGAUUGUAGGAGGCUAGUCGUCGACAGGGCGAGCUUUGGUUGGGUUUUGGUAGCGCGUUCCCUGACCACGACCGUUGGCACCUUUUUGUGUUCGCAUGAUCUUUGUUAUGUACGAAUGUAUCUGUCUUUCUCGGCCCGUUCCGGCCGUUUGAGCUUUUGAAUCCGCGCGGGAGGGAGCUGGAUCCAGAUCUCAAUUAUACUUGUUUCCUUCCAGGCUUCAGGCGACGCCAGUGAGAGGACGUUAGACGAGCUCGGAAGCUUGUUGGGGGUACGCCGCUAGUUCACUGUACGCCCUGUUGAGUAUAGUCGGCGGUUGACAGCUUUCCUAGUCGCUACGUGUGCCGUACCACUUACUUACUAGCACAAUUACUUGAUGUUGCAAAUGCCGUGCUGUCCACUGCUGCUGCUGUAGAUACAUUGCUGCGUCCGUUGGGGUGCCACCGUGAUUCUCAGUUCUGUUGUCUAUUACGUAACUAAAAACGUACGAGGCGAGUGAGGACUACGUUCAGCUUAAAGCAGCGCCGCUACCUUGCUCCGUACACGUGUGCAUGUGUGUUGUGGGGUGUUCCACCGGCACCGGGGGUUACUUAAUGACCAGCGAUAUCGGGACAAACUGGAGUGCCGAAUUUACGCUGACUAGCUAUCAAUUGUCCAUGAUUGCUUUCAGUCUGGUUUUACUUUUACAGUUUGUGCGGGUUCAGGUGUACGGCAACAGAUUGGGCUGCGAGGUACGGCAUGACACGGUGGACGAGCGGAGCCAGAGCCAUUCCGUACGUUUUUGGAUCAGUUGUAUCAGUUGUAUGGGUGUGCGUUGGUGGCUGGCCAGUUAGCAGUAACUCGAGUAGCUGUGCUGAGUCGUGCUGUGACGGACCAGCCGUUAACUACCGUAAUAAAGAUAGAGCGUUGCUUUAUUGGUUCUUACCGGUAACAAGCGCGAUCAAGCUAACGUUAGCGAUCAGUUAACGUGGUAUAAUAUUUAUGGGCCCACCAUUCCUCAUGGUUCCCUUGUUUAUGCCCUGUCGCUAUGGGCUUCAUUAAUAUCGGUAUUGCAGCAGGGCCUAUCGUUGUGCUGGGGUGUUGUAGUGAAUAAGCCCGCUAUGUGUACAAUGAAUUUGAGUUUCGGCGUGACUUGUCGUGAUUCAGAUCUACAACGUGGAUGACAAAUACAAUAAGAGCAAGUUAAUCAGUUUCACACAAUUGUAACGCCGCCACGUGGAU